CGUCGUUGGAUGAAGACAGGAUGAUUCGAGAGAACAUUUCGUUGGCAAAGUGACGCUCAAGGCGGUCACGGAUUUCUCGCUCCUGUCUAAAUUAAGGAAAUCCUCGGGAUGGAGCUAAGAACAGCGAAACUGUUACUGUACUCGACGCUGGUGGUCGUCGUGUGUUGGAGCCAGGAAGAUUGGACGACGCAGUGCUCAUCGUCAUGCAAGUGCAGAUGGAUCUCCGGCAAGAAGGCCGCCGAAUGUAUCAAGCAGAACCUCACGCAAAUACCUAGCGGCCUCUCACCAGAAAUCCAGAACUUCGAUCUGACCGAGAACCGUAUCACCCACCUGAUGCACGACUCGUUCAGCAGAGUGCACCUGGUGAAUCUGCAGAAGCUGGUAUUGCGUAAAUGCGAGAUUGAGUCUAUCCACACAGAUGCGUUCAACGGUCUGAAGAUCGUGAUCGAGAUCGAUCUGUCGGCGAACAACAUCAGGACCCUGUACCCAGGCACAUUCGAGGAGACCCAGCGACUCAGGGUGCUACUGUUGAACGAGAACAAGCUGAAGGUGCUGGAGAACGGUCUGUUUCGUGACCUAUUGUAUCUGCAGAAAGUGAUGCUGUCUAACAACGAGCUAGAGCGGAUAGAGGAGAAGACGUUUCGUAAUCUGCCAGGUUUGAGACUGUUGACGCUGGACAGGAACAACCUGAGCGUACUGAAGGUACAAAGCUUCGAGUCGUUGCCAAUGCUUGGCAGUUUGGAACUGCAUAACAAUCCAUGGAAUUGCAACUGUGAUCUGAAGAGAUUUCGGGACUGGACGAUAGAACGGAAACUGUACACCAAACCCACCAAGUGUCAGCAACCGCCCAGCCUCGCUGACAAGAUGUGGGAUGAAAUCAGCAGCGACGAGUUCGCCUGUAGGCCUGAAAUCUUCGCUAUUGGGCCAUCAGUAAGGGUCGAGGCUGGCAAAGGGAACAUCACCUUUUGGUGCAAGGCUUCUGGGAUACCACAACCGCAGUUAUCAUGGGUCCAUCGGUCGAAAACUUUGAACAAUCACACUCGACGGCACAACGGCGAGAAGAACUACGUCUUAAAAUCGAACCACGAGUGGCUGAACCUAACGAUACCUGACAUUACACUCUCUGAUAAAGGUGACUACGUCUGUCUGGCGAAAAGUCCAGGCGGCAACAUAGAGAAGAACGUCACUCUGAUGAUAGCUGGCGACGCUGUUGGCGGCAGGGACAAUAUAAUCAGUCUGCCACUGGCGUUAGGUUUGGGUGUGACGGCGCUGUUGCUUCUAGUGGUCACUGUAUCACUUUGCGUGUGCUAUUGUCGACGCAGGCGAAUCAGACACGACGAGAAGAGCCUAGAGGCGGCCUCGAUGGAGCACCACGGCCUAGGCGAACAGGAGAAGUCCCUCAUCACUACCAUAAAUCCCGUGGUGAAACCACCCAGACGAUACGAGGCGCCUUCGGUGACAUCGCACGGUACCGAGAUGACGGAGCUGAAUCGUACAUUGCUCGACAACGACUCAGUCUUCGCUGAUGGUAUCGGUAGCGGUGUCGGCAGCGGAGUGAUCGGCGGCGUCGGCGACGACGAGAGGGAAGAACGAGCGACCCCAGAGCUCGAGGGCGGGACAGGCACCCUGUGCCGCGGAGGAGGCGGCAGCUACCGUCAAUAUCCGCCAGACCUGCUGGCCUUCUCAGGUGGCCGAGGCGCAUCGCCGACGAGCCAGGCAUCCACAGCGCCAGACAACACGCGUCUACCAAGUCAGCACGCGACACCCACAACGGCCGCUUUCGGCUCACCCUCGAACCAAUAUCCGGCCGCUUUCAAGACCUUGCCGCACAAUCGUAGCGUCACACCCUAUGGUAUCGCGAGCUCCACGAUCGCGCCUGUGAUGCCUCGUCAUGGCUACGUGACGAUACCACGAAGACCAAGAGCACCCAGCUGGAGCAGUGGGCCACCUACGUCGCCUACCGAUGGAUUGGAACCCGUUUACGAUAACCUGGGUCUCAGGACCACCGCGGAUGGCAGUUCAGUGCUGUCGUUGAACAAGAGCCCCGAACCCCUGUCCACGAUGAGGAGUCGACCCUUGCCUGGUACCCCAAGUUCGCAUUACGGUACGAUACAACGAAGCACGCCGAACAUACUGACCAGCAGUCCGCUAGACAGAGCCGCACCCGAAGGCGCGGCUGAGUGGCCCACGAAAUUAGCCGAUGAAUCGACCGACAGUAAUCUUCUGCUGGGGCAACAGCAGCAGCCACAGCCUCAACAACAGCAGUCGGGUAGUAGCAACACGUUGGGCAGGAAAGUACCACCCAGACCACCGCCAAAGCCCAAGAAGAAGUCGACCAAUGGCCCUCUGUAUGAAGACGAGGGCGAAGACGGCACGGAGGUAUGAUCGAUGUAUGUCGGUCGACGAAGAUGAGGCCGCGAGGUCGUAGCCGUGCUGAACAGAAGAGACGCAUGACCGAAGCUACAAUAAACCGGUAGUGCCUUUCAAGAGGAAGAGACGAAAACCCCCACCCCGGCACCGUGCAACGGGUUCGAUGAUUCGGUUGGAGCACGGCAAUUCCGUUAGCGAAUUUGCUAAUGAAUGAAAGUGCGGGGGCUUCCACAUCCGGUGAAAACAGAUCGUCGGAUAAACCGCAGACUCGAUCGGAGAAACAGCAGCGAAUCUUUACGGACGAGACACUUUUGCCUGUCGUUCUUCCUUCGUUUAUCGUGUUCUCUUUUUCUCCAUCUGUCUCUUUCUCCCUCUCUCUCCCUCUCUCUUUCUCUCUCUUUCUCUCUCUCGCUCUCUCUGUUUAUGUAUUUUCUAAUUUAUUUGGUUCGCGGCGUACGACAGGGUUCUGGACCAUGUGGAAGACAUGUUUGUACCACGUGACUCGUGGAAGCGACGCAUCAGUCUCUGCACAUGACUCUGCGCAUGUCUCUGCGCACUCGAUAGUUAUCGCGCAUAAAAGGUUGAUCAGGAGUGUCGACCAUGUCU